UCCUGCAGGACAAAUUACAGCAGCGACACGCGCUCGCAUGUCAAAUCGACGACGGUGUCGUUGGUGUUUUUAUUUCGGUAUUGAACUGUACAAGUUCAUAGUCACAAUCACAACGUACUGAGUCGUACACAUUUGAUAGGUAUUUCAAUUAAAAGUAACUUGUGGUUUCAAUAAUAAAAUGAAUACCGAAAUGCUGAUUGAAUUAGUUCGGGAACGAUCGUCGUUAUACGAUAUGAGCGAUAAAAAAUAUAGUGACCAUCCUCAUAAAGAAUCGCUGUGGAGAGAAAUUGCCAGCGAAAUCAAUCAACCAGUUCAAAAUUGCAAAAAAAUUUGGACCAGUCUGAGAGAUGGGUACAGAAGAGCUGCUAAAAAAUCCAUUACAGUGUCAGGACAAAAAACAAAAUAUAUAAAGAAAUGGAAGUAUGCGGAUGAAAUGGAAUUUUUAAAACCUAAUAUGAAGGAAAGGGAUUCCAUUAGUAAUAUUGAUGUGGUAACUGAUGACGACGAUGAAGUUCUAUCUCAUUCAGAUGAUGAGGAAAUUCAAGUGGAAGGUGAGAAUUCUGUCUCAUUUGAAAAUACUAUUCAAAACGCAGAGGCAUAAUUUAAUACACCCGCUCCAGUUCAACCAAGACAAAAAAAAAUUAAAAAAACCAAUUCAUUGAAACCACCUGAGACUGCAUCAUCUACUCUUAUGAAAUAUAUCAUUGAACAAAAAAAAUCUGAACAAUCAAACCCAACAACAAGCAAGUCAGAUGCUAUGGACCAAUUAUUUUCGUCAAUGUGUUAAACGGCCAAACAGUUUUCACCGUACUUUCAACAUAUAGCGAAAACUAAAGUUUUUCAAAUUAUAUCUGAACUAGAAUUACAACAACUGCGACAAAACCAAACACAACCACAAUCAACUAUUUCUAAUCAGGGCUCAUUGCAACAACUACCAGAAAUGCAAACACAAACCGUUCCUACCAUACUUCAAUUAAAUCAUUUGCCAAACGUUCAACACGCUAGAUCACAAACCACAAAUUCCACAGAAAAUCCUGAUCAUUUAAAUAUUACGAACACUGCAGCAGGUCCAAAUCAGUUCAAUAUGUACGAUUAUCCUGCAAAUAAUAAUUAUUAUAAGUACACAAAACCCAGUGAUUAGAGUAUGUAACUUUUCUUUAAUAUUUUCUAAAUAUCUAAAUCUUUUAAAAAAAAUUAAUACCUAAUGAAAAUAGUUCGCUAGUAUAUAACUACUUUGUUUUUAAUAUUUGGUUUUCGUAAUUAAGUUGACAAAAAACAAA